AUGAUUCUACAGCUUUCAUCAAAACAUGUAGCGAGAUCUGUUCGUGUUAUAAGACCGUCUUCAUCUCCUAUAAUACUUAACCAAAGACGAUACGCAUGGUUUUGGGACCGAUUCAAGAAGCGAUCGCAAGAGAAAAGCCUUCCCGUGAUAGAGGCGAACCCGCUAGAAGAGAAAUAUCUCACCCGAAAACCUCCUCCACCAAAAAUUGUUCGGGGGAGUCUAUCUGAAUCGUCCAUAUUAGAAGAUGAGGAAGCAGCAGGACCAAAACCCGAGGCACUAUCCAGCAACAGUGAAGUCGCAGAAAAACUUGUGCGGAAUCCUACAGCCAUGGCUGCCGCACUAGACCCGGCACCUGAAGCACGUCGUAAAUGGGAGCGAAAAAUGGUUAUUAGGGAAUUACGGAAGAGAGGGCGACUGUCAAAGACUCAGCAAUUAAAACGACAGGAAAGAGAGCUGGUUUCCAAAAGCCACGAUUUCAAAACUUCAGUAAAAAAGCUAGUUCAUCUAGCAAAUCAGAUAAAAGGAAAAAGUGUCCAAGAUGCUAUUAUUCAAAUGCGAUUUUCCGCCAAAAAAGUUGCUAAGGACGUUAAAGAACAUCUGGAACAUGCUAAAAAUGAGGCCAUUGUAAGGAGAGGCAUGGGUAUGGGUUUACCCCUUGGUAGUUCCUUUUCACCUGUUACUUUAAUGACAAACGACAAAAAGCGAGUAAGAAUUAAAGACCCAACAACAGUCUAUGUCGACCAAGCUUGGUGUAACAAAGGUUUAUACGAAAAAUCUCCUGAAUAUAGAGCCCGUGGAAAAGUAAAUAUUCUACGACACCGUACUACAUCUAUGACAAUUGUACUCAAAGAAGAAGUAACUCGGAUAAGACUUGAUCAAGAACGUCAAAAAAAAGCAGAUAAGCGAAAAGUUUGGGUGCAGCUUCCUAACAGGCCUAUUUCUUCCCAGAGACAAUAUUAUUCAUGGUAG